CUCGGUUUACCAACUCGAUGUCCGAGGAAGCUGCGCAGCUCGAUCGAGCGACGCCGAACGUCUGUCAAAUGUGUUCAAUCACCGUUCGAAGUGUGCGCCACGUGUUUCCGCGACAUUGCGCAAACAGAGAGAGGGAAGGCCCACUGAGAGAGGGAGAGAGAAAUGCCAGCUGUGCUUAAAUUCCAUCCGUGGCAGUGGCCGCAAAUAGCAAUUAGUCGGGAGUAUCGUGUCAACUGGCUGCGUGAACGUAUGGAGUGAGGGCACCGGGAAAGCAUCGUCUAAAAGGUGUUCGUUCGCGUAAUCAUGGACGAUCGGCGGAACAGCCGCGAAGUGGUCACCAUAUUGUUCCUCUGUCUGCUCUGGUACGGAAUCUCGAGCAGCAGUAACGUCAUCGGCAAGAUGCUGCUGUCGGAAUUUCCUUACCCGAUGACAGUGACCAUGGUCCAGUUAACAUCGAUCACCGUUUAUUCAGGCCCGUUCUUUAACCUGUGGGGCGUGAGAAAGUAUUCCAGUGACAUCCCCUGGGGGUACUAUCUGCGGCUGAUCGUGCCGCUUGCCUUCGGCAAGUUCCUCGCGAACGUGUUCAGCCACGUCAGCAUUUGGAAAGUGCCCGUCUCGUACGCUCAUACUGUAAAGGCUACAAUGCCGUUCUUCACGGUGUUCCUGUCGAGAAUCAUAUUGAAGGAGAAGCAGACUUGGAAAGUGUAUCUUAGUCUAGUCCCGAUUGUGGUGGGUGUGGCUGUAGCCACCCUUACGGAGCUCAGUUUCAAUAUGAUCGGCUUGUUGAGUGCCUUAGCGUCUACCAUGGCAUUCUCAUUGCAAAACAUUUACUCGAAGAAGGUGCUUCAUGACACGGGGAUACAUCACCUAUGGCUUCUGUUCAUGUUGGGUCGUCUGGCGUUAAUAUUGUUUUCUCCUAUAUGGCUAUUGUAUGACCUGAGGAGAUUGAUAUACGAUCCAGUUACUGGCGAAUCUGCCGACUUAAAUUACUACAUAAUAGGUCUAUUAUUCCUGGAUGGUGUGUUGAACUGGUUUCAAAACAUUAUCGCGUUCUCCGUAUUGUCUAUUGUUACCCCUUUAACUUAUGCAGUGGCUAGCGCAAGCAAACGUAUAUUCGUAAUCGCGGUAACAUUAUUGGUGCUUGGAAAUCCAGUGACAUGGUUGAAUAUAUUCGGCAUGACAUUGGCCAUUCUCGGUGUGUUGUACUACAAUAAGGCGAAAUACGACCAGAGAACGGAGAAAGAAAGUCUUCCGAAGUAUUACGAUAAAAGCCGUAACGGUAGCAGUAGUUCCUUUAUGGUAAACGGGUGGACUGGAAAUAAGCAGCAGUUGCUUGCAGUCUAGUCUGAGUUUUUUUCAACUCGUUUUAUACUUGACAAAUUCAUAUGAGUUUUUUCUGUUACAUAGUAUUUCAAUCAUAGUGUUCAGGACGUCAUGUGUGAUGAGGGAAUAUAUGUAGCGUCUCCAUUAAAUAUAUAUACGCAGAUCAAAACUCAUAUGAUGACAGAAAUAUUUAUAUACAUUCUGCGCAAAAGGUAAUUCAUCAUUGGUUUUCUUGUUCGGUUUAGAUAUUAUUUUAAAACGAUGCUUCUCGUAGGGAGAAUAGACUUGCUGGCAAGGUGGGACUAUAUAAUAUAUCAGGGUUAACUGCUGGGUCAGUUAGCCUCUAAGAUCGAUUACAUUCCCCUGUCGCGAUAACAAUGAUGAAUAGAUAGAAAUCGAAUAUUUCAAUUGUACUCAAUCGAUAUUGAGCAAUGUAUACACGUAGUAUUGAUUAGGUUUGGAGUUAAAUAUCUUCGUCCAGUUACUAGUUCGGGUAUUGCGAUUCAAUUUCAUCAGCUCCUUAGAUUGUUACAACACUUUAACCCUCUAUGAAAAUUUAUCUUAAUAAUACUCUAGACUUUCGCUUGUAGAGAAUGUUGCCACUGAAAUAAUAUUUUUUUUUUCAUAUAUAUAUAUAUA